AUGAUGCCGGUGUCUUCGCCCACGUCGAUGCUGGCCGUGGUCUGCUUGUUGGCGCAUCGGGCAGUGGGCAGCAACGCCUUCAAUUGGAGCCACAUCGAGCCGUCGUGGGAUCUCCAAUACACGCCUUGCUAUGACGGUCUCCAGUGCGCCCGGCUUCUUCUACCGCUGGACUGGCUCAACUCCAGCGACGGAAACAAUGGGACAGUUGCUAUCGCCAUCGCCAAAUUGCCAGCCAAGGUGGGCGCCGACCAUGAUCGCUAUGGCGGCACCGUCAUUACGAAUCCGGGCGGGCCUGGUGACUCUGGUGUGGUGCAUAUGAUCAAGAAUGGCCGUUACCUGCAAGGCAUGGUCGAUGGGAACCGACACUAUGACGUGCUAUCGUUUGACCCGCGUGGCGUCUUCUACAGCACACCGACGGCGAACUGCUACGAGGAUGAGCCGGAUGGCAACCUUGCCGAGUGGCAGAUGCGGGGAUUUGGGCUUCUAGAUGGAUCCAAGCAACAGCUGCGGCGACGCAGGGCACACGCCACGGCUCGAGGGCAGCGUUGUGCGCAGGCCGACAAAGGCCAAUCCUCUAUUCGAGAAUUCAUGUCCACCGCCUCGGUGGCCCGCGACAUGCUCGCCAUCGUCGACAAGAUCGAGGAAUCGAGGUCAGCCGCGUUGGUGAAAGCGCCGAAGUCAGGGCAUAGGGACGAUGCGCAGAGACUUGAGUUACGGUCCUCCGUGGACAUGGGGGCGGAGGCAAGGCUGCAGUACUUUGGCACUUCUUAUGGCACAUUCUUAGGAAACACUUUCCUCUCCAUGUUCCCGGGUCGCGUUCAUAGAAUGGUACUCGACGGCUUGGUGGUGGGUGAAGAGUACGUUGAUCUGGAGUGGUCCACGAACCUCGCGGAUACUGCACAUGUUGUGGACUACUUCUACCAGUCCUGCUUCGAGGCCGGUCCGUUCUGUCCUCUAUGGAGAGCGUUUGACAUGUCUUGGACGACCAUCAAAUCGCGGGUGGACAAGCUCGUGGCCGACCUAGACGACAAUCCCCGGGCCAUUGCGAACACGGAUGGCCCCGAAACGGUCAUCACCGGCGAUGAGAUUCGAAUCGCAAUGAUGGAUCCACUGUAUGCUCCCCUGGACCUGUUUGACGGCUUAGCGACGCUCCUACACGACGCGCUGCAAGGCAACUACACGCUUCUUCUCGAGCGGACGGGCAUCACCGGCAGCAAAAAAGAUGCCUGCUCGCCAGUCAGGUCACUCGAGUAUUCUUGGAUGGACCAAGCCUCCAUGGCGGUCAGGUGCGGCGACGCCAAGGAUGUAACCGACCGCGACCUGACAUUCUGGGAAGCCUACGCGCAGAAGCUGAAAGGCCUAUCUCCUGAUAUCGGCGGCUUGUGGGCCGAGGUGCCAUUCGCGUGCUCCGGCUGGCAGACCCGGCCCAAGUACCGGUUCGACGGCCCUUUCGAGUCUCCGCGGCCCGAUGAGACCAUCCGCAGCGGCCGGCCCUCGGCGCCGCUCCUGCUCCUGUCCAGCCUGUACGACCCCGUCACGCCGCUUCGGAGCGCCGCAAAGGUCGCGCGUGGGCAUCCCGGGUCGCGGGUGCUGCUGCAGAAAUCCGUCGGCCACUGCGCGUUUCUCUCCUCGCCGAGCGAAUGCACCAAGAGAUACGUCCGGGACUACAUGGAGACGGGGAGGGUGCCUCCCGAGGGCACGGAGUGUGAGCCUGACUGCGCCCCUUGGUGGCCGUGUCCGAUGGACAGAGCGCACCUCCCCCGAUGAGUGCUCCGUCUGGAAACGGGAGGUACGGGUGGCAAGUGAGAAUGACAGGCUCAGGUUGGAUGAUGGCUCGUGGAGUCCGCCAUCUGCCUGAGAGCAAUUCCCCCAACUUAUAGAGCGACCUGGGGAAUUUGUAAUAGUUAGUGCAGAAAUACUGGCUUGAGAGCCUAGG